GGUCCCGCCUCUCGGGGCGGGGCGGGGCGGGGCUUGGCGCGGUGGACGCUCGCCGCGGGCUGCAGUGGCUGAGGAGGCUGAGCAGCCGCGGGCGACCCGGGCAGUUCCGGUUACUAUGGCAAUGACAGCAGGGGCAACAACCACCUUUCCUAUGAGCAACCAUACCAGGGAGAGAGUGACUGUGGCCAAGCUCACACUGGAGAAUUUUUACAGCAACCUGAUUUUGCAGCAUGAAGAGAGAGAAACCAGGCAGAAGAAAUUAGAAGUGGCCAUGGAAGAAGAAGGAUUGGCAGAUGAGGAGAAAAAGUUACGCCGAUCACAGCAUGCUCGUAAAGAAACAGAGUUUUUACGCCUCAAGAGGACCAGACUUGGCCUGGAUGACUUUGAGUCUCUGAAGGUGAUCGGGAGAGGAGCUUUCGGAGAGGUACGGCUGGUCCAGAAGAAAGACACAGGGCACAUCUACGCCAUGAAGAUCCUGAGAAAAGCCGACAUGCUCGAGAAAGAGCAGGUGGCUCACAUCCGAGCAGAGAGAGACAUUCUGGUGGAAGCAGACGGUGCCUGGGUGGUGAAGAUGUUCUACAGCUUUCAGGACAAGCGGAAUCUCUAUCUGAUCAUGGAAUUUCUUCCUGGAGGUGACAUGAUGACAUUGCUAAUGAAGAAGGACACCUUGACAGAAGAGGAGACGCAGUUCUACAUCUCAGAGACUGUCUUGGCGAUCGAUGCAAUCCACCAGCUGGGCUUUAUCCACCGGGACAUCAAGCCAGACAACCUUCUACUGGAUGCCAAGGGACACGUAAAGUUGUCUGACUUUGGUCUAUGCACGGGGCUAAAGAAAGCUCACAGGACUGAAUUUUAUAGGAACCUCUCACACAACCCCCCAAGCGACUUCUCGUUUCAGAACAUGAACUCCAAGCGGAAAGCGGAGACGUGGAAGAAGAACAGGAGGCAGCUGGCGUAUUCCACAGUCGGAACGCCAGACUACAUUGCUCCGGAAGUUUUCAUGCAGACUGGCUACAACAAACUGUGUGACUGGUGGUCCUUGGGAGUGAUCAUGUAUGAAAUGCUGAUAGGCUUCCCACCUUUCUGCUCCGAGACACCUCAGGAGACAUACAGAAAAGUUAUGAGCUGGAAGGAGACACUGGCUUUUCCUCCAGAAGUGCCUGUCUCUGAGAAAGCCAAGGACUUGAUUCUCAGAUUUUGUGCUGAUUCUGAAAACAGAAUUGGGAAUGGUGGUGUAGAAGAGAUCAAAGGUCACCCCUUCUUUGAGGGUGUAGACUGGGGACAUAUCAGGGAAAGGCCGGCAGCCAUCCCUAUAGAAAUCAAGAGUAUCGACGACACCUCCAACUUCGAUGACUUCCCUGAGUCUGACAUCUUACAGCCGGUGCCGAAUGCGGCGGAGCCCGACUACAAAUCCAAAGACUGGGUUUUUCUCAAUUACACCUAUAAAAGGUUUGAAGGGCUGACUCAGCGUGGCUCCAUCCCCACGUACAUGAAAGCUGGGAAAUUAUGAGGGAUGAGUGCAGUUCCGCAGCCGAGAACUCAGGUAGCUGCCUCUGCAGGCUGGCAGCGCCAGCACCAGACACUCACCAGCCCGAGGAACUUCUGCAGGGUCGGAUUCUGAGACUGCUACAGGAAUCGCUCGGCUUUUUUUUUUUUUUUUUAAUAUUAUUUGUAUUAACUUUAUUAUACAAGGUACUGGAACAAGGAACGGAUAUUCCCUCCUAACUGCACGGCCUACGUGCAUGUUGAGGUCCAUCCUGCCAUGUGCUGAGCUCCCCACUACAACACUAAUCCAGCCAGAGCUGCGUAGCACUGACCGCACCGCGGCAGCCAGAGGUCACUCUCGGUGUCCCUGCUUCACUGCAAAGCACGUGGUUCUUGAAUCAGUAAAAAGAAAAAGCCAUCUGUAGCUACUGCUAGAACAUUCGCCCUGCUCGUUUGGACAUCAUAGCUCUAGGUGAAGACGGUUUCCGUGCUGGUCCUAAGGAACUGAAGGAGAAGUACGCUCUCACACAGAUCCCGGGGCAGGGAAGGCGAGCUUCUGUCAGGGUGAGGAUGUGUCUGCCUCCCUCCAGCAUCUGCCAAGGUUGACUGCGCUGAGAGGUGGUAGUAAUUGUUUUACACACGCAGGGAGACAUUUGUGCAAAUGUCGGUUACUUUUCUUGUGACAUGAGGACUUCUUUUUUAACAAGAGGACAGGCAUUAUUUUAACAGGGUGAUGGUGAGUUGAGUUUCAGAAAUGACCAUGAAAGCUGCUUGUAGAACCUAGAGUAUUUUUAUUAAAUAUUUUUUUAAAUGUCA